CUUUUGAUUCACAGCAGGAGGAAUAAUCUGACUCCUGUUGUGUCAUGCCAGGCUGCAAUUAAUCCUGGAGUGUGAGCGCGCAUUGAUGUUUGAGCGCGCGGCUGCAGCCUCCAGACUCACACACAGGUUCAUACGGCGGAGUCGGGUGCCGUGACCGCUUCCUCCGCGCGCCACCUCCGCUGAGCGAUGCGCAGCCGCCUGAGCGCCGCUGGAAUGAACCGCCGGACGGGACUCACCUGUGGAACCGCACCGUCAGGAUGCCUUAUCUGAGCGGUGCUGCCGUUCUCCUUUUGUGCAUGUUUGUCUCCGGGGAGUGCUGGAAGCACGGACACCGGGUGCGGAGAUGGACAGGCACGGCGGAUACGCAGAAGCACAGCACAUCUGUGGUGAAGAAGCCUCCAGACGUGACCAAGUCCCGCAAAACCAAGACGGAUCAGCUACUCAAAGUAGAUGAUCAUGACUUCACCAUGAGGCCAGCAUUUGGAGGUCCUGCAAUCCCUGUGGGGGUGGAUGUUCAAGUGGAGAGCUUGGACAGCAUCUCUGAGGUGGACAUGGACUUCACCAUGACGUUGUACCUCAGGCACUACUGGAAGGAUGAGCGGCUUUCAUUCAGCAGUAGCACCAACAAGAGCAUGACAUUUGAUGGCCGUCUGGUGAAGAAGAUCUGGGUCCCUGAUGUCUUCUUUGUCCACUCCAAGAGGUCCUUCAUUCAUGACACAACCACAGACAACAUCAUGCUGCGAGUCUUUCCUGAUGGUCACGUGCUCUACAGCUUGAGAGUGACGGUGACAGCUGCCUGCAACAUGGACUUCAGCCGCUUCCCUCUGGACUCGCAGACCUGCUCUCUGGAGCUGGAGAGCUAUGCUUACACAGAUGAAGACCUGAUGCUCUACUGGAAGAGCGGGGACGAGUCCCUCAGCACCGACGACCGAAUCUCCUUAUCGCAGUUCUUGAUCCAAAAGUUUCACACCACGUCUCGCUUGGCCUUCUACAGCAGCACAGGCUGGUACAACCGUCUCUACAUCAACUUCACACUGCGGCGCCACAUCUUCUUUUUCCUGCUUCAGACAUACUUUCCCGCCACGCUCAUGGUGAUGCUGUCCUGGGUGUCGUUCUGGAUCGACCGGCGGGCUGUGCCGGCCAGAGUCUCUUUGGGCAUUACCACGGUGCUGACCAUGUCCACCAUCAUCACGGGGGUGAAUGCCUCCAUGCCACGUGUGUCCUACAUCAAAGCUGUGGACAUCUACCUCUGGGUCAGCUUCGUUUUUGUUUUUCUCUCGGUGUUGGAGUACGCUGCUGUCAACUACCUGUCCACAGUCCAGGACCGCCGUGAGCGCAAGAUGAGGGAGAGGGCCCGCUCCCAGUCAUUGCCCUGCACCUGUAGCAUCUCCCAGACUCGUACCAUGACCAUGAUGGACGGCACCUACAGCGAGGCUGACACCAACAGCCUGGCCGGCUACACCGAGGAGCCCAUUAUGCAGGAGGAGCCCGACGAGAAGAACCAGGUCCCGGAGAAGUCGGAGCACAUGGUGGUUCACCUGUCGAUGAGCAGCGAAUCCGCAGGCAUCAAGAAGAGGAAGAGCCUGCGUGCCCUUAGCAUCAUCCAGAACACGCACGCCAUCGAUAAAUACUCCCGGAUGAUUUUUCCUGGAUCCUACAUCUUUUUCAACCUCAUCUACUGGUCAGUUUACUGCUGAACACCUGAGCCUGAGGCGGGUGAAAAAAGCACCACGGUGCUGUUUGCUUGACCGUGUUUGAGGAGGUUUUUUCAAAGCUUGAUCAGAUUUAGAGGUUCUGCCAUCCCAUUGGACUUUCUGAUACUGUUAAUCUUCUUACAGCUACUUGAAUGUUCAUUGUGGUUUUCAUGAAAUCGACAAAAAUGAUCAAAAAAAUGUUUCAUCUUAUCUUUAAUGUGACUCAGACAUGACGUCCGGCCUCUUUUGUGUUCGUAUUCAUGUAAUUUACAGAGAGGAAAAUCUACCAACAAUCUAAAAUGUCAUCUCAGGUAUUGUCAGUUGAAGAAAUUACAGCAGGUCAAACACCAAAUGCACCAAACUGAGAGAAAACAGAAGAUCUCCUGUCAAUGGUAACGCAUCAGCUGCUCUGAAGGAACUGAAAAAAAGCCAGAUUAAUUAACCUUGUUGUUCGAGCUGCUUUGGUCAAUGAGUGAUUUUUCAUGCUUCCUUCCUCAGUCACACCUUCACAUUUCUGAGUUAGACAGCUCCAAUGUGCAGCUGUCACACCAAACAAAGCGCUGACAGACGUGCACUCACACUCUGGUCCACAGCUGCGGCAAAAGCUCUCAUAUUCUGGUCACUUCUCUGUUUUAACCCUGUUGGACGAGUGCAAAAAUGAUGUUCAAUAUCCGUGAUAUUUCAUCAAGCUACAAUGAACUUGAUGAAUUUUCCUGCUUGCAAAAAACUCUACCCCUUACUGAACAUGUGAAAAGAAAUAUUUAAGAAAGUCUCUUCUUCAAAGUUUUUAUUUUGCUUGCAUCAUUCUUAACUAUUGGAUUCAAGUGAAGCUAAAAUAUCCUGUUGGUAAAAUGUGAAACUCUCAUUCUGCAGCCUCAUCAUGCUCUGAAUGUAUUGAUGAAAAGAUAAAUAAAAUAAAAUGUCUACUGUAAGACAUGCAGCUGUUCCCCAACUGACAGGUCGAUGAAAUGCAUGAACAACUGUGAGGACACAGUCAACGUCAGAUGACAUUUGUUUCACGUUUUUUUAAUGAAUGACAAAACAAGAAGUCUCACAUUUGACACAAAACUAUUUAUUUAACAGGUGAACAUUCUGCCUUUGUACCAACAAAUCAUAAAAAUGUUAGAUUUAUAUCUGGAGGUUUGAUGGAGACAAAAAUAUAGUGAUGAUUUGUAAUUAAUAACUCUUAAGGGACGCAUCCACUCAAGUCCUAAAUGUUUGUUGAAUGGCUGAGACGGUUCGUCACAGAUUUGUGAGCAUUUGCAUAGAUUUUUCUUUUAUUAUUAUUUCCAGUCUUAAACCGUUUAAGGUUUUAUGUUCUGUAAGUUUGAAAAAAAAAAUUAUUUUACACUUUUUUUUGUUGCGACAUUAGCUCAAAAAAGACAGUCUGGCAAAGAUUUUAUCUGAAAUCGUACUGAAUUGUGGUAUAGAUUGCUGAUUACAUUUAGACUCAAUCUUGUCAGGACUAUAUUUUUGCUUUUAGCAGAUUUCCAGUUACAUUUUUGCUCUAAAUAUUUCCACUUACCGGUACUCAAUUUUGUCUCCAGACGGUUACGCCUUUGUUUUUAUAGAUCACCAAAUCACAACAUUUUGACAAGUUUUUUAAUGUUUGGACAAAAAAAAACUAAAACAAAAUAUGAGAAGCAUAAGAAAAACAUACAGAAACCUAACCUGUUUAUGGCACGAGUACGAUACCAAAUGCAAUUUAUCAAGGCAAUAACAAAUUAUUUGAGGGAAAUGAGACCAUUUAAUUGAUAUCUAUUUAGAAUUUUUUGACAGUUACAGGUGAGUAAGAUUCUAACCUUAAGGACUCACUGCGAAGAAAAUCAUACUUUUGGUCUUUUUAAUAAGUUCUUGUGGCAUUUUUCUGAUGAUGAAGAAUGUAUUUAAAGUAAAAUAAGCGCAAACUUUCUGAGCAUUUCUUUAUUGAAAUGAUUGUGAAUCAGCUGAAAAUAUGUCGUUUGACUAAGAACUUAUUUGUGAUGUAGAUAGAAAAUACACUUGCUCUGCUCUGCUCCACAACGGGGAAAGGACCCCAGCUCAGAGGCAAAUUUCUAAAGAGCUACCCGGCAGAGACUAUGUCCUAUCAAAUGAAACGGUUAUUAUUGUUUUGGGCUAAAAACAGAAAUAUCAUAAAUAAAAGACCACUGGAAACAAUUUUAAAAUAGCUCAAAAUAGGAUUGUGGUAGAUCUUUAACCCUUGUGCUAUCCUAUGGGGUCAAGAUGACCAUUGACGUGUUCUCCCUACUAUGACAAAGGUGGAUAAAGGUGGAGAGGAUUUCAUGUAAUCCAUGAAAACUAGUGAAGAUCAUAAAUCAUUGAAGAAAAAAGUUCAGCGCACUGUCUUGUGGGGUCUAGAUGACCUCACUCCCAAUGUCAAAGUGCAUAGGAUAGCACAAGGGUUAUCAAGCUGCUGCAGCUGAUUGGUUGACAGCAAAUAUGGCUUCAGAAAUGUAGGAGUUACAAAGCUGCUAGAAGUUUUCAACAAAGCAUGAAAGCCAUAAGACUUUGUACCAGCACACCCAGAAUAAUAAGGCAGAAAAGUGACUUCAACUUCGUUAAAAAGAUGAGUCAUAUUCACAAAACAGGACAUUUAAACUAACUUUAGACUCCUAACUACUUCCCCUUAGUUAGAAGUGUUGUCUACUAUUGCAUGACAUGUUCAGCACAAAUUCUGGGAAUGUGACUACUACUGAGGUACCAACAGCUACACCUGCAUAGAAUACAGAAAGAAAAUGGUCUAAAAGAAGACUUUUCAGUGAGAUUUCAGGUUCUGAGGGGGUGGACGUUAAUAAGGUUUCAACAUAUCAAUUUUUGUCUUUAUUUUGAUAACUUUUAAUAUCUUUACAAGGUCGCAAAGAGGUACAAAUUCACAAUAUUCAGCAGUUUGAAGAAACACUUUUGUGUCAAAUAUGAAGAGUUUUUUUAAAGCAUUUUCCAGGACCGCUGGGUCCAGAUUUGUGUUUGUAUGGUGUGUACACAUUGAUGGUCUGUCUGGAAGUAUGUUGACUUUUAUUAUUAUUUAUUAAAACAUUGUGAUUAAAGUGUUCUGGUUCAAACUGACUUUGAAGAAUGUUACUGUUUGUUUCAGGAUGUAAUAAAUGCGUUCAUUAUCCACCAAGAAGGGAUUCAGACGUGUCAAAUGUUAAAUUCACCUGCUUCUACCUGCAGUUGCUUAUCUAUCCACUACGGUGGUAACUGUACAUCACAUCAGCUUGAUUAAACAGAGAGAAUUGGUUCA